CCCGGCCUGUUCUCUCUCUGGUCGGGUCCGGCCCGGCCGGCACCACGAGCGCCCAGCAGAGACUGAGGGAGAGAGAAAGAGGAGGGGAGGAGGAGGAUUCAGGGAGUAGGAGCUGGGGAGCCCUCCUGCGCCACAGAAAAUUUCCAGACUUGGUGAAGAUAGGAGAGCUAUCAGAAAGACUAUAGCACUAUUGUACUUUCCGAUUGGCCAACCAAGACUUUUAUUUGGCAAACUCUGUCGUACAGAACCUGACAUCAUCUAUGACCCAUAACAAGAGCACGCGUUUUCAAGUGUCAAUUAGAUUUGUGGAUCAAUAAGGUUUUCUUGAAAGGUGGUCACUCUUGGUGACAUUGUCCAGUUCUCACAAUGUAUCAUUCCUUAUCUGAAACUAGACAUCCUCUGCAGCCAGAAGAACAAGAAGUGGGCAUUGACCCCUUGUUGAGUUACUCACACAAGCCUGGAGGAGAUUCAAAUCAAAACGGAAGAAGAACAAGUUCUACUUUAGACUCUGAUGGAACUUUUAAUUCCUAUAGGAAAGAAUGGGAAGAACUAUUUGUAAACAACAAUUACUUGGCAACAGUAAGGCAGAAGGGGAUUAAUGGGCAGCUGAGAAGCAGCAGGUUCCGCAGCAUUUGCUGGAAGCUCUUUCUUUGUGUUCUUCCUCAAGAUAAGAGUCAGUGGAUAAAUAGAAUUAAAGAAUUAAGAGCAUGGUAUAGCAACAUUAAAGAAAUACACAUCACAAACCCGAGGAAGGUUGUUGGCCAGCAAGACUUGAUGAUCAAUAAUCCCCUUUCCCAGGAUGAAGGGAGUCUUUGGAACAAAUUCUUCCAGGAUAAAGAACUUCGGUCAAUGAUUGAACAAGAUGUCAAAAGAACGUUUCCUGAAAUGCAGUUUUUCCAACAAGAAAAUGUGAGAAAAAUUCUUACAGAUGUUCUUUUCUGUUAUGCUAGAGAAAACGAGCAGUUGCUUUAUAAGCAGGGCAUGCACGAGCUGUUGGCUCCAAUGGUCUUCACCCUCCACUGUGACCACCAAGCCUUUCUUCAUGCCAGUGAGUCUGCACAGCCAAGGCAAGAAAUGAAAACUCUGUUGAACCCUGAGUAUCUGGAACAUGAUGCCUAUGCAAUGUUCUCACAACUUAUGGAAACUGCUGAACCUUGGUUUUCUACUUUUGAGCAUGAUGGUCAAAAGGGGAAAGAAACCCUGAUGACUCCUAUCCCCUUUGCUAGACCACAGGAUUUGGGGCCAACAGUUGCUAUUGUUACUAAAGUCAACCAGAUCCAGGAUCAUCUGCUAAAGAAGCAUGAUAUUGAGCUUUACAUGCACCUGAACAGACUAGAAAUUGCACCACAGAUAUAUGGGUUGCGGUGGGUACGGCUGCUGUUUGGACGAGAGUUCCCCCUGCAGGAUCUGCUGGUGGUCUGGGAUGCCUUGUUUGCAGAUGGCCUCAGCCUGAGUUUGGUUGAUUAUAUCUUCAUAGCCAUGUUACUCUACAUCCGAGAUGCUUUGAUCUCUAGUAACUACCAGACCUGUCUUGGCCUUCUGAUGCAUUACCCACUCAUCGGGGAUGUUCACUCGCUGAUUCUUAAGGCUCUGUUCCUUCGCGAUCCCAAGAGAAAUCCAAGACCAGUGACUUAUCAGUUCCAUCCAAAUUUAGAUUAUUACAAAGCCCGAGGAGCAGACCUCAUGAAUAAAAGCCGGACUAGUGCCAAAGGUGCUCCCCUGAAUAUAAAUAAGGUCUCUACUAGCCUGAUGAAUUUUGGGAGAAAGUUGAUUUCUCCGGCAGCGGCCCCGGGCGGUGCGGAUGGCCCAGUACCGGGAAGCAGUGGCGGUACCUCCUCCCCGGCUGUGGUUCCCACCAGGACCCUAGCAGAGGCCCCCAAGCAUCCUCUGCAGCAGCAGCAGAGGCUGAUGAAAUCGGAAAGCAUGCCAGUGCAGCUGAACAAAGGCGAUGUAGUUACAGGAAGCGAUGCUCAGGUUUCUGUUCCUGCCCAGACCCUAACUGACCUCCCAGGACAAAGCUCUAAAAACAUCCGUUCAUCUCCAAGCAUUGAGAGCUUGCCUGGAGGAAGAGAGUUCACUGGCUCCCCACCUUCAUCUGCUACUAAAAAGGAUUCCUUUUUCAGCAACAUCUCCCGUUCACGCUCACACAGCAAAACUAUGGGCAGAAAAGAAUCUGAAGAAGAAUUAGAAGCCCAGAUUUCCCUCCUUCAAGGACAGUUGAAUGACCUGGAUGCCAUGUGCAAAUACUGUGCAAAGGUGAUGGACACUCAUCUUGUAAAUAUUCAAGAAGUGAUACUACAAGAAAAUUUGGAAAAAGAAGAUCAAAUUCUGGUUUCCCUGGCAGGACUAAAGCAGAUCAAAGACAUUCUAAAAGGUUCCCUGCGUUUCAACCAGAGCCAGCUGGAAGCCGAGGAGAACGAGCAGAUCACCAUCUCAGACGACCACUACUGCUCCAGCGGCCAGGGUCACCUGCCCAGGGCCACCAAGCAGGCCCCUUCAGCAGCGCCGCCGGGGCGCAGGGAGAAAGGCGACAUGGACGACUUCAUCCUCGUCUCCAAAGACGACGAAGGGGGCAGCGCCAGGGCGCCUCCGGUCGGCCAGGCUCAGGCCCCGCGGCCCCUCCGGAGCUCGGCCCGGCGCGCCCCGGUGUUCUCAGACCCGCUGACCGGCCCGGCCUCGGCCUCGGCCUCGUCCGGCAGCCCCAGCUCCAGCCCCAGCCCCGACGACGACAGCAGCGGCAACAGCAAGGACUCGGGCUUCACCAUCGUGAGCCCCCUGGACCUCUGACCGCCGCCCGGCCACCCCCGCAGCCCCGUGAAGACGCCUCUGAAACCCAGCCUCUUCCCAGCGCGCACGUGGCCUUGGUGCAGCCCUUUAAACCUGCGGAGAGAAGCAGGGGGCCCGCUGAGCACGCAGACCUUCCCCAAAAUGCAGACAGCUUUUCCCUGUACCUCACCCGGCCCCGCCAGUAAGGUCCCCAGCAUCACACUCACUGUCCAAAAAGACCAAACCACAGCUAGAAUCACUUGCUCUGUCCUCUCCUCGCCAGCAAAGAAGGUGUGGCCACACCAUCCGGUGGAUCUAGAAGGAAGAAGUGGGUUUCAAAUCUUCCCUCCCCCAGAGCAUCAGGCAUAGGAAAACUGAUAUCAAGAAAACACUCUCUGGAAAUCUGUAUCUCAACCUAUUUCAUACUUCAUGCCUCCCUUGGGAAGCCAUACAGUAGAGGCCAGACGCAACCAAAGGGACUAGAACUAGUGGAGCCCAGGGCUGGACGAAACCUCCCAGAUAGUUACAGGGUCUAAACUUAGGAAUCAUAUUUACCUGCCAGCCGGUUCCAGAUUUUUUCAUUUGUUAAAGAAUACAUUUCUAAACCUCAGCCCACAUCAACUCUGGCCAUCUCUGCCCCUCCUUAAACAAUUGUAAUUCAUCCUUUAGAAUCUUUCACAGUCAGAAAAGAGGGUCACUUAGCCACGAAUAAGCCGUGACUGUGUGCUCUGCUGAUUUUGGUCAUCGUCUUGAAGGAGACAGUGCUCCCUGGAGUGGGAUCUAGACAAGCAGGAGAAACACUGCGACUUGGGGAACAACUCCCCAGGAAGUGCGCCUGCUUUUUUCCUUUGCUUGGCUAAUCCCUUUUGAAGAGAGGGGUCAAAAGAAGGCUGACUUUCUUAGCAUGGAAACAUGGAGCAAACCCUGGGCUGGGUCACUCCCCCGACAGACUUUGUGACCUCGGGCACCGCAUUUUAUUGCUUUUGUCUGCAACAUCUGCAUCUGGGAAAGGACACGUCAGAUGGAAUGAUCUCACAGACCCCUUCGGUUUUGAAGUCUGCUGAUUCUAAAAGCCUAUAUGAACCCUAGCCAAUGACAGGUGCCUUGGUCUCAGAGUCAUUUAAGUCACAUAUUAGAUACUAUCUGCCAUUACUAUAAAUGUAGCAAUUUUUUUCAAUUUUAUAACAUUUUAAGUCAUUUUUUAUGAUUUCUGGAUUGUCACUGAAUAUUGCGAUUUACUUGCCAGCUAAGUUCAAGGAUUGCUAGCCAUAAUCUAAAUUACACAUUAUUUUAUUUCUCAGUCUACAAAUCUACUUUUAAUUCUUUACUAUUAUUUUCUACAUAUUUUUGUUUUUGUUUUUUUUUCCGACGUAGAGUUAAUUUCAGAGCUAAGAGCCUAAGCUGCUGGCUGGUUGCUGGCUGGUGUGAGCAGGAAACCACACUGUUAUUCAAGUAACAGAGACGUUUAAUUUUCUGACUGGAAUGACAGAGUGAAGACCAGUGGAGAUGUAUACCUUAAUUUAAGCACACGAUCAGCAGGCAAAUGACAAGAACUGGAAAAAGGAAUUGUUUUGUAAAAGGCUAUUUCAGGGUCUGGGCAUAAAUAAAUUCAAUAUAUCAGCCUGACCACUUCCCUAACUGUGAGGAAGUAAUGAGGUGCCAAGUUGGGGAUUCCACAGAGUUGUCUGGCUUACCUGAGUCACUGAAAAGAACAUGGACAAAUGAAAAAGCGGUUAUCGAAGGUUUAGAAAGCUUUUACCCUUCCAAAAUGUGAGAGCAGUUUGGUUUGGGAGGAGCAGUAAUUAGGCUUCAGUGUCCAGCAGGUUUUCUAAAAUAGCAUGAAGUUUCACUCAUUGGGACAAUGAAGUCUUGGAUUAAAGACUCAGCUGGCCAGUGGAGCAUGGCACCCGCUCCAGCCCCUUCACCUGCCACUGGCUUACUGUCUGCACCAUGUCCAGGCUCACUCCCCUACGGCAGGAAUCAACAGGCUGAGAAGGGGGAAGCGAUGUCGGUUGUUUUACAGACAGCUGCCGCUAUGUAAAGUCAUGGCUGCUGUAUGUACUAAGAGCAAAAUGUCAAGCCAGACAAGCAACUUAUUUUUGACAAAGCUGUUCACCAAGUAACUGGCCACUCUUCUUAAGAGUAGAAUAUCUUGAACUGGAAAUGUUUAAAAAGUUAAACUUUCAUUAAAUUCACGUACUGUUAUUGGAGAAAUAUCAUAAAAUAUCUUUUUAAUGUGAGCACUACUUAACACAAUGAAAAACUAUGUCCAGUGUGUUGCUUCCAGGUUGGUUGCCUUUACAUCGUGUACCCAGCAGGUGUCUCCAGCCAAGGAGUGUCCGUCCAGCUGCAGUGCCCUCGAACCUAGUGGCUGUCCAAGUUCAAGACUACUUACGUUCUCCUUUGUAACCAUGGCUCAGCAGGCACGCCUCCAAAAACAUCUGGAACCCAGAGACCCCAGCAAUCGUACAUAAGUAAAACUUGUAGAUUCAGUUUUUCCCCAGUAAAUACUAAUUAGACCAUACAAUCCAUCUGCGUCUUAAGACACUGUUUUCAGUUAGGAAAAUGUCUGUUUCUCGCUGGAACUAGAGUGGCUAGUCUGUUCACACUGGAACUGAGUUAUGAUCUCUUUGUAUACAAAUACAGCAUAUUUGGGCCAGGAAGAGAAUUUCUUGUUAAAGAGUUUAUUUGCCUCCACACACAGGGUUGCUACAUACAUUCACAGUUUUAAUAGACGGCAAUUAGCUAUUCCAGUUGUGCUUUAAAAUCCCCAAUAUUAUUUUUCAUUAGUGAGUGCAAAGCAAAUGUCCCAUCUGGCUACAAUUGGUCCUAGAGUUAUAAAUUCUGUAAUCAUCUCUAGAAGGCGCCCUCAUUCUCCAGUUUCAUCGUUUGCUUUUUCGGGUAUGACUUCAAGGCUCCGGCGCGGCUUCUGGACGUCGGUGUUUUCUGUGCCUGGUUUAUUGAGUCCACAGGAGACAGCCGCAUAGUGGAUCUGCUUCAGGUUCUCCACGGUCUCGUUCUUGGCGUACUUCAAGAGAUCCGCUUGUCCCUGUGAUAAAACAUGCAGUUAGUUAGACAUUGAGAGAUGAGACAUGACUUGUGGUUACAGUUUGACAAUAUAGGUCUUCCACUGAAAUAGAAAUAUUUUGCUUCCGCAAGAGGGCAUAUUUAUUUCUGACCGGCACCGAAUCCAAAUAGGUCAAUUUUAACAAAAAAACAAGUUUGUUUUCCCGGUUCCCAACGCCAGACUCCAAGAGUGUGCUGCCUUUUCAGUCCUUUCCGUUUUCUGGGUACUUUAUGUUUACAUACGUGGAAUCAAGCAGGCAGGGCUCUUGAUGAAUGUCCAGGGUGAUCUGCCCGCCACUCACCUGGGGUUGGGGCAGAGAGGCUGGAGCAGCCAGGAAAGGCAUGACCAUUGGCAGAUGCAAAACACCAGAGCCAGUGACCAGCCAUUGUCAACACUUGGCCAAUCAACAAACACUGUCUGACCACAAAAGAUGUCCUAGUUGUUAAUACAUUAAAAAUAUUUCAAAUCACA